AUGUAUUUGUGUCGGUGUCUGUGUGGAUUCACCCCUAAAGAGAGCAUCAGCGGUCAGACCCAGACGAAGUCGUCCGUGGCACGUGGUAUCCGCCAGAAAGUAUUAGAUUCGUACCCCAUGCUAGAAGAUGAGAUCGAGUCUCUGUUCCCCAAAAAGCAGCCCCUCUUUCUUGUCAAAUGCCAUGAUCGUAUUCAGAUGAUACACAGCAACGGCGAGCCACUGUUCUUCAACGAACAUGACGGACCAUGGAUUCCCACACUACGGUUGCUACACAAAUACCCUGACCUGCUGCCUCAUGAACAAGUGGACAAAGGCGCCAUUCGUUUUGUACUCAGUGGUGCACAUAUCAUGUGCCCGGGAUUAACGUCACCUGGCGCCAAAAUGAGCCCAGCGGAGAAGGAGACUGUCGUGGCUAUCAUGGGCGAGGGGAAGACGCACGCUAUGGCCAUCGGCAGGAUGAAGAUGUCCAGUGAAGACAUCCAAUCUAAAAACAAAGGAAUUGGAGUCGACAACAUGCACUACCUCCAAGAUGGUCUGUGGCAGACUAAAACUCUGACAUGAUUAUGAAAUAUUAAAAAAUAGAAUUCAUCUCGUGACUAGUCGGUCCUUGCCUUCAGCUUCAUUUGUCCAUCUGGUGAUUCUGUGGGAUUUUUUUGGCAAUUUGAGCGAAAGUAGAUCGGAUAUAAGUCUGCAAAACAAAACAAAAUGAUGUUAUCCCUCUGCUCAUCACCUUAGCUCUUGUUUUUACCCAUAACAACAACGCCAUAUUAGGGGCUGUGGAAAUGGCUUGCUUGUACCUAUACAUAAAACUGAUGAGG